AUGGGUAAUUGUCAUUCAAGUAAAAAAGCGUCUAGCUUAGAUAAAGAAGAAGAAGAUUCUAGUGUACCUUCUGGAAUUAUUACUCCUAGAUUCUUCAACGUGAGUCGAUCUACCCAAAAUUUUCAUGAAGCUUCAAAAAGUUCUUUUGAAACUGAUAUUUCAGAAGAGAAAAGACUUCAAUCGCUACAUGAUUAUAUGUCGAAUCUAUGGCAAUCUAAAUUCUUUUCCCCAAUACAUCAAAAACUAAAUAGUGGUGCUGUUAAGGUUCUUGAUGUUGGGUGUGGAACUGGUGCUUGGAUCAUCGACAUGGCGAACAAAUAUCCUCACACAAAAUUUAUAGGUCUAGAUAUGUCACCAAUAUUUCCUACCUCUAAUCUUCCUUACAAUGUUGAAUUUAUACAAGCUGACCUGCUUAAAGGACUUCCAUUCGAUGAUAAUACAUUUGACUUUGUAUAUAUGAGUAAUUUAGUUAGAUAUUUGUCGACGAAAAAUUGGGAAGAUAUUGUAAUUAAAGAAUUGGUCAGAGUAUCAAAACCUUACGCAUUCAUAGAAGUGGUGGAAGGUGAUUUAACUUUACAUAACAAAGGUCCUGUCACUACUAAAUUACAUGAAGCUUUCCUCGCAUCUAUGCAUGCUAAAGGAAUUAGUCCAUUGAUUGAAACUAUCAUUACUAGAAUUUUUCAAACAAAUCCAAACUUGUCAAAUUUUAAUGUAGAAACAAAAAUCGGUUAUUUAAAUGCGUGGGAGGAAAAUGGGUUACAAGUAUUCAAAAUGUUAAAAAAAUCAAAUCUAGAAUUUAUGUGUUAUACUCCAUCAGAAUAUGAUGCUAUGCUUGAAACUUAUGUAAAAGAAACAGAUGAAUAUAAUACCUAUUGUAAAUUUUAUCGUUUUUAUGCUCAAAAAAUUGAUUUACCUCCGACUCCAAUUUCACUUAAAUCUCCAAAUUAUAUAAAUUAUUCUCCUUCGUCAACUUCAAAAAAUUUCCCUCAAAAGCCUCAAUUACCAUUAAGAAGCAAUUCUGCUAAAGUUAAUUCUUCAAAUAGUUUAGGUAACUUUAAAAAUAAUUCUUUAAAAAAAAUCCCUUCCCAUCAAAGUUUAACAUAUCAAAAAUUAUCAUAA